AUGGGCCGCUGGCGGGGCCGGGCGCGGGGCGUCGCGGUGGCGGUGGCACACGGGCUGUGCUCGGGCUCGCUGAACAUCCUGCUGAAGUUCCUGCUGGCCCGCUACCACUUCGCCUUCCUGACGCUGCUGCAGUGCCUCAGCAGCGCGGCGGCGGCGCUGGGGCUGGAGGCGCUGCGGCGGCGGGGGCUGGCGGCGCUGCCGCCCUUCGGGCCCCGCCUGGCGCGCCCCUUCGCCGCCGUGGCCGCCCUGGCCACGCUGCAGUCCACCCUCACCCUCUGGUCGCUGCGCGGCCUCAGCCUCCCCAUGUACGUCGUCUUCAAGCGCUGCCUGCCCCUCGUCACCCUCCUCACCGGCGCCCUGGUGCUCCGCGACGGCAUGCCCUCGCCCGGCGUCCUGGUCGCCGUCCUCAUCACCACCUGCGGCGCCGCGCUGGCCGGAGCUGGUGACCUGACCGGGGAUGCUAUGGGCUAUGUGACAGGUGUGCUGGCCGUGCUGAUACAUGCUGCCUACCUGGUGCUCAUUCAGAAGACCAGUGUAGAUAGUGAAUACGGACCCCUGACAGCUCAGUACGCCAUCGCUGUUUCAGCCACCCCUUUUCUCAUCAUCUGCUCCUUUGCCAGCAUGGAUUCCAUCAACGUCUGGUCAUUCCCAGGGUGGAAGGACCCUGCCAUGGUAUGCAUCUUUGUCGCUUGCGUCCUGAUUAGCUGUGCCAUGAACUUUACCACCCUUCAUUGCACUUACAUUAACUCGGCCGUGACCACCAGCUUCGUAGGGGUGGUGAAGAGCAUAGCAACCAUCACGGUGGGCAUGGUGGCAUUCAAUGAUGUGGAGCCCACAAAGUUAUUUAUAGCUGGUGUUGUGGUCAACACCUUGGGGUCUGUCAUUUACUGUGUGGCCAAGUACAUUGAGACCAGACGGCAGAGCAAUUACGAGGACUUGGAGAAAGAAGCUAGAGAAGACGAGGGGAAAAGGCAGGCUGGGGACCAAGCACUGCUUGCAAUGGAGGUGAUUUCCCAGGAGAAGGGGGCUGAGGAAGCAGCAGCAGAAGGAUCAGCCACGGGGGACAGCCGGAGCGGAGAGGAAGAGAAGGACAGCACUGAGAAACCUGCCAAGGGACCAGCGCUCCAGGGGAAAGCCACCAGCACACAAGAAGUGAACAGGAGCUUGCUGAAGGAUGCCUAUCUUGGCGUAUGGAGGUUGGUGAGGGGUGCAAAUUAUAUAAAGAAGGAUUAUUUGAUAGAAAAUGAAGAGCUACCAAACCCUUAA